UCUUUUUCUUUCUUUUUUCUGAUUGAUUUGAUGCUUUUAUAUGCUCUUGCAUUCUUUAUCUCGUGUUUAAAAUAGCAUUCCGUGUGUUCAUAAACUGGCUGCCAAGUAUAAAUAUUAGCCUUGCUCUUCGUUAAACUUGCAUCCAAGCUCCUUUGGUUUAUACGACCUGUAAGAGCUAGCAAUGGAAGGGUUCCCCAUCUCCUACAAUUUCACUUGUCUUGUUUUGCUUCUGACAUGGAGCUUGAUCGUUUAUCUCUACUACUCUUUCUGGUGGAGGCCCGAGCCAAGGCUUAGAAAGCAAGGAAUCAGAGGUCCCCAGCCUAAUUUUCUACUGGGAAACAUUCCAGAAAUUAAGCAAGCUAUAGUUCAGAAUAGAAGUGAAAGUACUCCAAGCAUGGAAAGCGACAGUUUUUCAGGUUUCCCAAGUUUCAAGCAUUGGUGCAAGAAAUAUGGUAACACGUUCAUGUUUAAACUUGGGGCGUUGCACUUCUUGUAUGCCACUAAUCCGUUCAUGGUGAAGGAAAUAAAACUCUUUAGAUCGUUGGACCUGGGAAAACCUGCUUAUCUACAGAAGGACAGGGGAGUUCUGUUAGGCAAAGGCGUUAUUACAUCAAAUGGACCGGCUUGGUCUCACCAGAGAAAGAUUUUAAGCCCCCAGCUCUAUGUGGACAAGGAUACUUUGAACAUAAUUGUUGAAUCUGGUAGCACUGUGAUUAAAUCAUGGGAAAGAAUAUUAAUGGAAUCCAAGGAUGGAUUAGAUGCAGAUAUCAUGGUGGAUAGCCACAUGAGAAGCUUCACCUCCUGCAUAAUCUCAAAGCUUGUGUUCGGGCAUGAUCAUUGUAGAGGAAUGAACGUAACUGCAAGGUGUCACACUCUUUUUAGGGCAAUGGGAACACCAACGACAAUUGGGAUUCCAUUCUUGAGGCAAGUCCUCUCCUCUCCUCGAUCUCCUUGUAUAUACAUAUAUAUGUGUAAUUAA